GAAUCAUGUAACAACAUUAAAUUUCAUGAGCAAUAAUAAUAAUUUUGUAUCUGGCAGCCAUGAUAAUUCAAUUAUAAUAUGGUAGGUGAUUGGUGAUAAAUAAUGGGAUUGUCAAUAGAAAUUGGAUGGACAUUAAAAUUAUAUAUUUUGUUUAUUAUUGAACAACUUUGAUGAUCUUAUUAUUUCAGGCAGCCAUGACACAAAAAUUAAAUUUUGGAUAAAAAAAGAUAAAUGGCAGUGUUAAUAAACAAUAACUGAUCACACUAAUAGUGUAUAUUCAUUAAGCCUAAAUGAACAAUAGAAUGAAUUAAUUUCUUGUUCACAUGACUUAUAAAUACUAGUAAUAGAAUCAAAAAAGUCGGAUAAAUAAUGGAGUGUUACAUAAAAGAUAAAAUUAGAUAUAUUUGGAUUUAGAUUAUGUUUUAUUAAUGAUAGGUAAUUUACAUACUAACCUUAUUUUAAAGAAUAAAUGUAUAUAUAUGAGAGGGAUAGUAAUUCUAAUUAAUAUAAGAAGAUUAAAGAAAUUUUUGUAAAGUUUGGUUCAUUUAGUGAUGAUUGUUUAUUUCCAUAAUAGUUCAUAAAAUCAAAAUGCCUCUUAGUGAAUAAGAAUGGUUAAAAUGUUAAUUUAAUAAGGAAGAAAGAAAAUGGUGACUUUUUAAUUGAAAAAUUUAUUGAAUUUGAUACUUAUAAUAUUUUUGGUUAAUUAAGUAAUGAUGGAGAAUUUUUGAUCACAUGGGAUAAUGGAUCAAAUGAAAUACAAAUAAGAAAGUUUAGAGAAUGA